AUGUAUAUCCCCGUACACAGGGCCUGUGCUCCGGCCCGUGGCGACGUUGGUGGGGCAGCUGGCCGGCGUCUUCCCCAAGUAGCAGCCUCGAUACACCGGACUGUCGGCGGCUGGGUCCCCGACACGCUCGGCCCAGCUGCUGCGUGUGUCACCGUUGGCAGGCCGUUUUGCGUCGAGCGACGCAUCACCCACAGAGUGCCACCGGAAGAGUGCACACAGAAAACCACCUCUGGCGACAUUGUCAAGAUGCAUUACACGGGGAGACUGUACGACACACAGGAGGUGUUCGACUCGUCCGUUGAGCGCGGCCAGCCACUGAGGUUUAUGCUCGGCGUGGGGCACGUGAUCAAGGGCUGGGACCAGGGACUCAUGGACAUGUGUGUGGGCGAGAAGCGGCGGCUCACCAUUCCUCCAGAGCUGGCGUAUGGCAAGCGCGGGGCCGGAGCCGUAAUUCCUCCCGAUGCCACUUUGGUUUUUGACACGGAGCUUCUGGAGAUUGUGUCGUCGCACGACGAGUUAUGA